AUGGCAAGCGUGGCUGACGGGGCAAAUGCAAUCGUGUUGGGGACACUGGGAGACAUUUCCUCGCCUCUUGCAAUUAUCGGUGGAAAUUGUGCCCUGCAGGGUUUUGACCACGAAGGGAAUGAUCUCUUCUGGACGGUUACUGGAGAUAACGUGCACUCCUUGGCCCUGUGUGACUUCGACGGCGACGGGAAGAAGGAGCUCCUUGUUGGAUCUGAGGACUUUGAUAUCAGAGUUUUUAAAGAAGAUGAGAUUGUGGCAGAAAUGACAGAAACAGAGAUCAUCACCUCCCUCUGCCCCAUGCACGGCAGUCGCUUUGGCUAUGCCCUUUCCAACGGCACAGUGGGAGUUUACGACAGAAUGGCCCGGUACUGGAGAAUCAAAUCCAAGAAUCAUGCCGUGAGCAUUCAUGCUUUUGACCUGAAUUCCGACGGAGUGCCUGAGCUGAUAACUGGUUGGUCGAAUGGGAAGGUCGAUGCUCGCAGUGACCGCACCGGCGAGGUCAUUUUCAAAGACAACUUCUCUUCUGCAGUAGCUGGUGUGGUCCAGGGGGACUACCGGAUGGAUGGCCACACUCAGCUCAUCUGCUGCUCAGUGGAUGGAGAAAUCCGGGGCUACCUGCCAGGCACAGCGGAGCUCCGGGGGAGCCUCUCGGACACCAGCGUGGAGCAGGACCUCAUCCGGGAGCUCAGCCAGCGGAAGCAGAACCUGCUGCUAGAGCUGCGGAACUAUGAGGAAAACACCAAGGCGGGAUCCAGCAGUCCUCUGAAGGAGGCCCCUGGGCAGCGAGGCAUCAUCCCCGCCAACACCCGGCUCCACACUCUCACCCCUCCCAAAGACGUCCCCGUGGACCUGCACCUGAAAACCUUCGUGGGCUACCGGAGCAGCACGCAGUUCCACGUGUUCGAGUUAACGCGCCAGCUGCCCCGCUUCGCCAUGUACGCACUGAGCGGCCCAGACCCCGCCGCCGAGCCGCUCGGCCACGUGAACUUCGUCCUCGCCGAGCGUGCCCAGAGGAUCGUUGUAUGGCUCAGCCAAAACUUCCUGCUGCCGGAAGACGGGAACAUUCCGAACGCCCCUUUCCAAGUGUGCUUCACGUCCCUACGGAGCGGCGGCCGGCUGUGUAUAAAGACAAAGCCCAGUGGAGAGGUCGCCGUGAACACCGACGACAUCGAUCUGGCUGGCGAUAUCAUCCAGUCAAUGGCCUCUUUUUUCGCGAUUGAAGACCUCCAGGUCGAAGCAGAUUUCCCGGCCUAUUUUGAGGAGUUACGAAAGGUGCUGGCUAAGGUGGACGAACACCACUCGGUCCAUCAGAAGCUCAGCGCUGACAUGGCCGACAACUCCAGCCUGAUCCGCAGCCUGUUGGUGCGGGCCGAGGACGCUCGUCUGAUGAGGGACAUGAAAGCAAUGAAGAAUCGCUACAUGGAACUCUACGACCUUAAUAAGGAUUUGCUAAACGGAUACAAGAUUCGCUGUAACAAUCACACAGAGCUGCUGGGAAACCUCAGGGCCGUGAACCAGGCCAUACAGCGAGCAGGCCGUCUGCGUGUUGGCAAACCGAAGAACCAGGUGAUCACCGCCUGCCGGGAUGCGAUCCGCAGCAACAACAUCAACACCUUGUUCAGAGUCAUGCGGGCGGGCACAGCGUCUUCGUCUUCGUAGGAGAGCAAAGGAUGGGAAGUGAAGUGGGUGGAAAAGACUUUUGCUUAAACCCCGAGCCUCGUUGGCUGUGUGUCACCUCCUCCUUGUGAGCCCAGGGACCUGGGCCUGAAGCCGCUGGGGUGGUUGUGCCCCUGAAGACAGAGCUCCGCCUCCGAAGACUGCCUUCCCCUGGUGUUUAUAACCCAACGGGCCUGGGGCAGAGGGCUAGCCUCGAGAGGAGGAGGAGGAGGAGAGCGAAGGACUCCCGAAACGUCAGGGUCUCAGAGUCCAAGCUUUCUGGACGCACAUAAAGCCAUUGUACAGACGCAUCCUUUUAGGCUUGCGAUUGUCAUAGAAUUUGUCACUUUACAAGAGAUUGUUUACUUUUUGAUUAAAACCUGAAGUGUAA